AUGCCAAUCGUCAAAAGAGCCGUCAAGGGUGUUGCGGCGGGCAUCGGCCUGGCCUCGGAGAGCUUGCAUGCUCGCAAAAUGAAGAAAGAGGGUAAUGACCAAGCCCAAUCGUCAUCAGAAGACGCUCAGUCAGAGAGAAGCUUGUCGCAAGACAACAACGAGCCGCCAGUAUACCAGACCGAGCUAUAUACAUCUGAAGAGCAUCUCCCCGCCCAAACGACGGGGGUCAUUCAAAACGACGAAAAUGACACACUCGAAGAACAAUGGGAGCUCGAUGAAGCCCAGGAAGAGCUGCAGCAGCAGCAUCUGACAGAGACAAAGUCCUCCGAUGCUUCCGCCGAGGAGGUAGACGGAGCUGCUCUGGCGACGGACUUCGUGCGCGACCACCCAGCGCCCCCACCUUAUGUAUCUUAUGAUGGGCUAUCUGCAAGGCCCCCAAAGCUAUCUGCCCCUGUUGUUCUACCCCAGCGCAGACCGAAGAACCUGGACCGCGGCUUCAUCCGCGCGUAUGCGCCCGUGCUCAAGAACUAUGGCAUUGACCAGACUAUGUUCCUUGACUUCCUCGAUACGGCCGAGAAGUCGACCAAGUCGGCUCGCUGGAUGAAAACUAUCAAUUUGGCUUCUCUAGCUACCAUAGCCCUGCCCUCUGCCACGGGAAUGGCCAUCGGGAUUGCAAUCCAGAUCGCGACCGACGUCGCGAUGGCGGUGGACACGCGAUACAGAUCGAGCCGCUUCUUCGCUAAAAUCAACAAGGAAUUCUUCCAGCCCCGCGGCCUGUUCUGCCUGGUCAUGACCUGGAACCCGCAAUUGGCAGGGGAUCCAUCGACAGUUGUCGAUCUAAACACUAGCGUCGCCAAGGCUACCGGCGGCGGCGGCGGAGAUAUGCUGAGUCGUCUCCAGUUCAAGUUCAAGUCGUCCGAUGGAAAAUCCUACGGCGAUUUCUUUCCAGAGGUUGCGCCGCUGAUUUUCCCAUCGCUUGAUCAGCUAUCCUCGGCAGAGGACGCAGAGAAGAAGAUCUCCAAGACUAAGCAGCGCCAGCAAUUCGUGGCUGGAUACCUAGACAGACGGGCCCAGGCUUCCUUCAGGGCGGAAAACCCGGACAGUGUCUUGAACCAAGGCCCCGAACCUAAGUUUUCCUCGCGCUAUGCGGAUCCCACCCACCCUGCAGCCAGCGGUGAUCUGUUCGGCUUGGUUACCGGCGGGUAUCUCACACGAGAGAAUGGCAAAGACAAGAUCCGGGGCUGGAGGGCCGCUGGCCGUGAGAAGAUGAUGGGUCUCGGCCGCGCGGAUAGCGAUUAUUCCAGCGAGUAUCCAAAUGACUAUCAACGUCGCUCGAGUUCGAGUUCGAACCCGCCUGCACCGCAUGCUCCAUACGGUAGUCGACGACGGGGACUGGUGGAAAGGCGGAUUGAUUCAGGCAAGGCUCGCGUGUCUGCAUCCACGCAGGGUCUUCGCCCUGCUGGACGACGAGGAGAGAGGGGCGGCCUGCUGGCACAAGGGAAGAAGUUAUAUCAGCAGAAAGUGUUGUAUCUGGUUAUUGUGGACAUGCCGUCGGAUGAGGAAAUGGCUCAAGCACGGGCGGAUCUGGGAUUGAGUGCCUAA